CAGCGACCGUGAACCUCGCUGUUCCCUCUGGUCGGCUAUAGGAGAAUGCUACAAAAAUCGAGGGUACAUGCACGUCCAUUGUGCCGAGUCCUGCCACCAAUGCGUUGUUCAAGCGGGUGUGGUGGCAGGUUGUCCUCUACUGUGAUGAAUCUCGGAGCUCACACAAGGUUAUAUCUACAGACAGUGCCUACCAGAACGUUCGCGAGCAGUACCCAGCUUGGGCCGGCAACGGUUGCCAGAGGAAAUAUUACUUACAUGAGGAAGUUUUGCGCCAGAGACUGUACAUCCUGUCAACCAGCCAACGAUCACAGCGUCCCUCAUAACCACGCCAACUACGUGAACGAGUACUGGAAGAAGUACAGGAGCCUUCACCCAGAGAUCGGCAACUCCUACCACGGCGAGACCACCCCUGUUGGCUCAAGGAAUACGGGAGGGAGGGUGAGGGAGGGAGGCUAAGGUAGUAUUACUCAGUUCAGCGUACUCAGCCAAAGUGAAUCCAUAACAAUAGGUGAUCACAGUCUCAAUAACUUAUAUUGUUUGUUCAGUCUGACCACAGUCUAGAGGUUGAGAGAUACUACUGGGAUAUAUUGAGGUUAACCAUUGUCUCAGAUGCUAUACGGUCUGAGAGAUGGUUCCGUGGAUCCCUCGUUACUAAGGCAAUGCUGGGAUAGUACUAUAAAAGAGAUAUUCUCCCACAACGUAGUAACACCCCGGCGCCCUGAGAACCUCAUUAACGACAGUCGAGCAAGUCUGAAGAGAAUAUCUCGACGACCUUAAAACUGCUGAGACUGUGGUCUUUGGGAGCUGAGACGGCCUAACACUUUCUGAUGCCAUUUGCCAUAUUUUACUCGGAAGAGACUCACGGCACAGCAAGUCCCAACGUUAUAACCACGUCCGCUCGACCCUCCCUCAAAGAGCUUAGACUGUGAAACAUUCUUAGACUGACACAUUUGUUGCUGAUGGUGAUAUGAAACCUUCGUCAAUAUGGCUAUUCAGGUUCAAUUGUCUUCUUUUGAUUUUAAACAAAAAUAAAAUGUCACGACUUUUUAACCAAACUAGACACAAAAAAAUACUUCUUUUGAAAAUAAUGAAAUAAUUCUUGUUGAAACGUUGAUGCCAAAUACGGAUUAAAUAAAAAAAAUCUGAGAAGUUAAUCCUGAGCUUAACGAGAAUAAAAUAAUAACCUCGACUCCUGAGAUGUUUACUUGGUAGUCGUAUGAGUUGACGAUUUAAAGCACAAAGGCUGUGUUGUGUUUAGACCAGUUUAAUGAGUGAGAAUAUAAAUCAUAGCAUCUCUUUUUUUUUCUUGUAGGGAAUUAUACGUGUUAUAGGUCGAUACUCACUCUUGACCUCUAAAUGUUAGCCAGUUUUAUGGUGUGAAGGUGAGAGUGUGUUUAUGGUGAGCCAUUGUAAAUAAUAACACAGCUUCGUUAGUGACUUUCAUUAAGUAUUCUAUUUCUCUCAUAUGUGUGUGUGGAGGGGGGUUUUGUGUGGGGGGGACGUGUGUGUAUGUGUGUGUGUGUGUGUGUGAAAGACAGACAGAUCUUUUCAGACUGCAACAGAUGACAACUCAUGGUAUAAACAUUGAAGGGCAUUGCUACGUCAUAAGCUCAUAACACAAUGGGGAUGUUAUUAUAAAGUAAUUUCAUAUACCUGGGGUACUGUAGGGUGUUGUGUCGUAAAUCCAGAACACAGAAGAUGUUUGUCGUGUAGUGAGUUACAACGGAGAACCAUUAUAUUUUUUUGUGUAUUUCUUAUAUGACUGAGUUAAAUAAAAUUAUGGAUGGAAGGUUGAGUGUGUGAGUGGAGGGGCAAACACCCACAACACUUCAUGAUAUAAGGGCAUUUG